AUGCAGGUACAGCUUGGCCAAGUAGAAAUCAAAUGCCCUAUCACAGAAUGCUUUGAAUUCCUGGAGGAAACAACGGUUGUCUAUAACCUAACGCAUGAAGACUCCAUAAAAUAUAAAUACUUCUUGGAACUUGGCCGUAUUGAUGCCAGCACCAAACCAUGCCCUCAAUGCAAGCACUUUACAACCUUCAAGAAAAAAGGACAUAUUCCCACCCCUUCCAGAUCAGAAAGCAAAUACAAAAUCCAGUGCCCCACUUGCCAAUUCGUCUGGUGUUUUAAGUGCCACUCUCCUUGGCAUGAAGGUGUUAAUUGCAAGGAGUACAAAAAAGGAGACAAACUAUUGCGUCACUGGGCCAGCGAGAUUGAGCACGGCCAGCGGAACGCUCAGAAGUGUCCAAAGUGCAAGAUCCACAUCCAGAGAACUGAAGGGUGUGAUCACAUGACCUGUUCACAAUGUAACACUAAUUUUUGUUAUCGAUGUGGGGAGAGAUACCGCCAGCUCCGUUUCUUUGGAGACCACACAUCAAACCUCAGUAUAUUUGGAUGCAAAUAUCGCUACCUCCCAGAGAGACCUCAUCUAAGGAGAUUCGUGCGAGGGUCGGUCUGUGCUGGAAAAUUAUUUGUUGCACCUCUAAUCCUGGUCCUGGGAUUAGCACUAGGGGCCAUAGCAGUUGUAAUUGGUUUAUUUGUAUUUCCUAUCUAUUGCCUUUGUAAAAAACAGAGAAAACGAUCACGGACAGGUAUGCACUGGUGAAGUACACGUCACUUCAUCUAACUAAGCUGGUCCGGGUAAGAGCUGUCCAGAAUGGCACACCCGUCUUAAGAGUUGCGUCUUGGAACACAGCGAGAGGACCCACCUGCCAUCUCGUGUCUCCGUGGUUCUCUGCAGGUCACGAUGCCUCUAGCUCCGUUGCACUCCCCACAUGGUAUCCCGGCCUUUCCUGAUAUUGAUUGCUGCUUUUACAGAAUGGUCACUUUCAUAUACUAUAAGCACCUAUGUCAUAAUUCUGAUCUUCUUAAUGGGUCUUGGAAGAAAUAAUUUUAAGUAAGAACCAGUUAUCCUCAGCACUGUCUGAGCAUGCCUCUCCCGAGAGUUGCUUGGACUGUCUUUGUACCUGAACCCUCCUUCAGCUCAUCUGUGAGACUUGGUGUGAACAGCCGAAGUCCCACGUGUACCAACAAUCAAGGCCACCUUUCAGCAGAUGAAGGCUCACCAUAUGCCCCUGGUUUCAUCUGUGGCCCAAACAGUGUAAUUCCUUCCUCCUUCAGAUGCUGUAAUUGUCUAAAAAAAUCUCAGUGCCCAAAGGGAACGAAUGAAACAAAAUUAAUGAAAAGAAUCAUGAGUUACUGAAGUGUAUACAUGUAGGGGUAUGAAUGUGUGUGUAUAAAGAUUUGUAUUAAAACUCGGCCCAAUGGCCUUGUACUGGUCAACUUUCAUGCCUCUACACUAUUUUCCCACAUUUUCAUAGAUAUCUUUAAAGAUGAUGGUUCCUUUGUGAGCAUAAUUUGAGAAUGUACUGAAUUAAAGUCAAUUUAGACAACAGGCUA